UACAGGUUGGGGGUGAUAGGCAGUGAAACCCAUUGACUUUCACACUUCACCACUCACUUCCCCCACACCCACCCACCCUGCAGUUGUCUCUCUACUUGCCUGCUGCCACUGCGCACGACAUGAGAUUUGGGCUGUUAAUCGCAGUGUUGUGUGUGUUGGUUGUGUGCCCCUGCCCUUGCCUUGUUCCCGAUGCUAUAUGCUAUUGGUAGACCGACGCCAACAACAAGCACGACAUGGAAUGGCCCAAUGGGGCCGGCCGGGUUUAUUCCAUUUCUUUUCUAGGCAUCUGUUCUUCCCUCCGCCAGCACCAGAGACCUGACAUAAUACGUAUUAUAGGGACGAGGACGUUCCGACCUGUUAGUCGCUCGCAUAUGCGCAUCGAACCAGACCGGACAGGGCAAGACCGGACGGGACAAGACCGGACGGGGUAAG